CGGUGGCGGCGCAGAGCGGAGCCAUGAGGAAGAGCGAGGUGCUGGCGGCUGAGGCCGUGUCGUGCCUGAACCGCGCGUUGUCGGCGCUGCGGGACAUCUGGGAGGAGAUCGGCAUCCCCGAGGAGCUGCGGCUGGAGCGCACCGGCGCGGUGAAGAAGCACAUCAAGAACCUCCUGGACAUGAUGGUGGCGGAGGAGGAACACCUGAAGGAGCAACUGCUGAGGAGCGUCGCCGCGUACCGAAAGGAGAUCGAUGGCCUCUGUGCGGAGCUGCGGGUGGAGCCCUUCCAGACAGAGGAGGGGAGUACCAUCCUCCAGAUGGUGAAGGAUUUGCAUUCCCACGUGGAGGUGUUGUUGAAGCAGAAGAAGGAUAGGAAGCAGGAACUGCAGGCCCUGCAGGAACAGGAUAAGAACCUGUGUGACAUUCUCUGCGUGUCCCUGUUCAGCAUUGAUGACAGCGCCGUGCCCAGCCUGGACGAGCUGGACCGCUACCGACGGCAUGUGGCCUCCCUCAGUGCUGAGAAGGAGCGACGGCAAGAAGAAUUUGUCAGCAUCAAGCGGCAGGUCGUCCUCUGCAUGGCGGAGCUGGAGCACAGCCCUGACACUAGCUUCGAGCGGGACGUGGUGUGUGAGGAUGAGGAGGCCUUCUGCUUGUCCACAGAUAACAUCGCUAACCUUCAGAGCCUGCUGCAGCAGCUGGAAGCGCGGCGGGCGCUGAACGAAGCCAUGUGUGCAGAGCUGCGCUCCAGAAUCACUGAGCUCUGGGAAAGGCUGCAGGUUCCUGAGGAGGAGAGACAGUCCUUCGCAGUGCACAUGACCGGGUCCAAAGCGAAAACCAGAGAAGCUCUGAAGCUGGAAGUAGACCGUCUGGAGGAGCUGAAGCUGCAGAACAUGAAGUCUGUGGUUCAGGCGAUCCGCGUGGAGCUGGCUAAAUACUGGGACAAAUGCUUCUACAGCCAGGAGCAGAGGGACGCCUUCAGUCCCUAUCACGAUGAGGAUUAUACAGAGGUCUUGCUCCAGCUCCAUGACAUUGAGGUGGGGAAGGUGAAAAGCUACUACGAAACACACAAGGAGCUGUUUGAGGCUGUUCAGAAAUGGGAUGAAAGCUGGAAGCUGUUUCUGGAGCUGGAGAGGAAAACAGCUGACCCCAGCCGCUUCUCCAACCGUGGGGGGAGCCUGCUGAAAGAAGAGAAGCAGCGAGCAAAACUGCAGAAGACUCUUUCCAAGCUGCAGGAGGAGCUUGAAAGCAGGAUCCAGGCCUGGGAGCAGGAGCGUGAGGAGCCUUUCCUGGUGAAGGGACAGCAGUUCAUGGAGUACGUGACAGAGCAGUGGCAGCUGUAUCACAUGGAGAAAGAGAAGGAGAAACAGGAGCGGCACCUGAAGAAAAGCCGCCAGAUUGAGACGGAGAUGAUGUAUGGGAGCACCCCAAGGACUCCGAUCAAGCGUCGAGUGCUUGGCCCCCACACGCCUGGCAAAGUAAGGAAGCUCAAUGGCACUUCCCUCUCCACGGCCACUCCCAACAGCACCAUUCGUUCAGCUUUUGGGGCAACUCUCUUCCAUUCACCAACGUCUCGGCUGCCACCCUCUGGAGGGAAGCUUGGCCAGGCUCGGACCCCCAUCCGCGUGGCUGCGAAGCCCCCCCGGCCCGGACACAGGGAGCGGAACAAGGAGAACCUGUCGCAGCUGAACGGAACCACCCUGAGCGGUGGGUGCAGCCCUGCAGCCCCUGCCCAGCGUAACCACAGCGUUAAUUCUGUUGCCAGCACCUAUUCUGAGUUUGCGCGUGAACUCUCAAAGGCCUCCAGGUGUGAUACCAGCUCCCGCAUCCUCAACUCCACCACCACCAAUGCCUUCUGCUGAGGUGCUGCCUUGGGCUCCAGCUCUCUGUAGUCAUAGUGAGUCACUGUUCUGGCAGCUCCUGGCCCCUGGGGCCGCUGCUCUCAGUUUAAUUUUAGCAAGCACCCCUGCCAGCCUGGCUCUGCAGCGUGGGGGGGUUCCCACCUGUGAGGGCAGCAGCUGGAAGGGACACUUUUAAAAUUUUGUUUUUAUGUGGGGAACUCUUGCAAAUAGUUGAUUAAAGAUUUAAGGUUUGAAGACAGUCUGGGGGUGGUCUAGUAGUGAAUGCUGCAACCCAGUGGGCUGCUGGUGCAAGGGCACAGGGACAGACAGGACCAAGCACAGAUAACUUCCUCCCCCAGUGCCUGUAGCUACUGUCUCCCAGGGUCUUCCUCUGUCACCAUCACAUCAGCUGUGCUUCAGCCAAGGCUUGCUUUAGCUGAGGUUUCCCUAGCACCCACACUGGGCUGCAGCCUGGCCUCAGCACAUCAUCUCUCCUAGGAAGGCAGCGUGGGCACCUGUGUCCUGCAGCUGCCCUGUGCUCCUGGAGCUCAGCACCCUGCUUCCCUGCAUCCUCUGCCCUUCCUGAAACAUGCAGGGGUUGGGACUGGAGGCACAGUCCCAGCAGCUACUUGAGCUGUAGUAGGACCAAAGCCAACAGCCUCCAGUGCUGCCCCUUCCCCUGUUCUGCUCCAGCUGCGUUCACAGUAAAACGGCGUGGUUGGUAGUUUGCACCUUUCUUAGCUCAGUCCUUGAUCGUGACUAAUUUGCACCUUGUUAUCACUACAGCCACCCACCUACUGUUACUUACACCCGAAGUUCUGUCUCCUUACUCUGUAACUGUAUAUACUGUUGAUGAGAAUAAUCAUAUCUGUACAUAUA